UGGAGCGGUACAACGAGGCUGCGCGUGGCACGGCAGGGUUUCAAGCAGCUGCAGGCAGAAAAAUCUUACGCCCAGGAAUCUGCCCCGGACGAAUUGAGCUUUAAACCGCCGAUGUACGUCAACAUCAAGUCCAGCGCGGCCAGAGACGAGGAGGAGGACUCGAUCUGUGAGGGCAAAUUGUUGGACAAGGACCCGUGCGGGUUACACUCGAACUGCAUCAACCGGGCGCUGCUCUUGGAGUGCAAUUUGAAGACUUGUCCAGCAGGCGAAAUUCACCAGAACCAGUGUUUCAAACGGAAGGUACAAACGGAUACCCAACAAGGGUUGGAACUGGUCGCUCAGGAAGAUGCACCAGGGUCGGUUUGUGAUAGAGUCCGAGAGGGGAUCAACAACGGGGAGUUAACGCGGCGGAUAAAGCAAAAGCAGGAGCAACAGGGCAAAAAUUACUAUUUCAUGACGGUGGACUCGGAGUUGACGAUCGACGCGGGGCCCAAGGGCAACUUGGCCCGGUUCAUCAACCACUCGUGCGAGCCCUACUGCGAGACGCUGCUUUGGAAGGUCGGCGGAAGCCAAUCCGUAGGGCUAUUUGCCCUCAGUCCUUGAGGCGGCUAAAAGCUCAUCUUAACUACAAUUUUGAGAACUUCGACGACCAGAAGAUCUGCCACUGUGGUGCGGACAAGUGUUCCAGGCUGAUCGUCAGCCAAGGGACGGAGAACUGGAUUGAGGAGGCUACAACGGUCUUGCGCGACUUGCAGGUGCAGAUUGCAACGUGGGUUACCUGCUCAAGUGCUCAAACGCCAACAGUGACCCACGCCAGCGGAAAAGUACCUUGCGGAUCCAUCGUGGAAAGAAUUCUACCUUGCCAAGGGUUGACCAUUAAACGUUCACGAAGAAACGAACCUAUGUUACUCAGUUGUGUAAACCGUAACAAAAGAAUAUAAAAAAAUGUAAAUGUUAUCGAAAUAAAUUUAAAACGCUGCGGCAGUUGCAGCCGCAAUCGGUGGAGCUACUCCGGUAGCCUCCUGAGCUUCGGUGG